AUGGGAGGCUCAUCGUCCAAGGUGAAGAGCCAUAUUGACUAUGGCCAGGAGAUUGAGGAGUUCAAAGUCAAGUACGUCGGCUCUGUCCCGGUGAAGGCGGCGACCGGCAACGACAUUGCAACCAACGCCGUGCAGCGGCUUCGGGACUUGAAACUCAAGGCAAAGCCCAUCCGCCUCAAGGUCACUGUCCUGGGGUUGUACCUGAUUGACGCCAAGACGAAGGACGUGGUGAAGGAGGUCAACAUCAAGCACGUCACCUUUGUGGCACAGGACCCCAUUGACGAUAAGCUGGUGUCGUUCUUUGAGCAUGACGCGCAGGCGCGUCUGAACACAUGCCACACCUUCCGCGUUGCACGCGACGCGCAUCUCAUCCCCGUCGCCAUCAAUGAGGCGUUCAAGGCGCUCAAGGGAGAGAAGACAGAGGCCGCUGCAGACAAGAAAGGCAAGGGCGCGCGCCGCCGCAGCACGUCGAAGCGGGAUGCGCUGGCCGCGUCCACCGCCAAGCAGCCCGAGCUUGAUAAGGGCGAGCUGCAGCAGUCGUACCCGGGCACAUACCUCGGUACCGUCAACGUCAGCAAGCCAAAAGGCGAUGAAGUGCUUGAGGAAGGGCGCGAUCGCGUGCUGAAGAUUGGAGCAAAGCCCGUACCCGCCACCAUCAAGAUCUACGCAAAGGCCUUUGUCGUCGAGGACACCAAGCACGGCGGGGAGCUGCAACACUUCUUCAUCCGGGACGUGUCGUAUGCCAAGAUGACUGGCGAGCAUUUUUCGUACAUCGUGCACGAACGGCGUCUCGACCGGAUGCACUGCAGCGUGUUCACCCCCAGCGCCAUCGAAGAAGGCACGCCCUCGAUUCGCCGCGCCAUCGACACCGCCCAGAAGGCGCUCGUCGCCGAGCUGAAGCAGAAGCAGCAGGAGCAGAUGGCCGCACAGAUCAUGGACGGGAAAUCCCCAGAGGAGGUUCGCUUGUUUGCACGCGAGCGUGCGUUUGACAUUGCGACAUCGUUCGGUGACGCGUUUGCUGCGUUCAAGGAGGAGGUCGCAAAGACAGGCGGCAAUCCGUUCCAGCCGGUUGGGGAGCGUGAGGCGCCGCCAGGAGCGCUGUUCAAGAAGCAGGUUCACCGCGUGGACCUUCGGCCUGUCAAGGCCAUUGGCGCCGGCCAGUUUGGGCAGGUGUACCUUGCGUGGCAGACGGUUGCUGAUGGGCAGGGCGAGGAUGGUGGAAACAUGGUCCGGCGCGCCGUCAAGAUGCUUCGUGGUGGCGCCUCCAAUGACGACAAGGAGGAGUUUAUCAAGGAGGCGACCAUCAUGCUUGACCUUGAACACGACAACCUCGUCACGCUGAUUGGGGUUGCGAUGCAGCAGCGGCCGUGGCUGAUGGUCCUGGAGUUUCUUGAGUAUGGCGACUUGCGUAAUGUCCUCAAGGGCUGCGCAGCCAAGGACAUCACCCUCUCCUACAACGAACAGCUCUCCUUCGCCCUCCAGAUUGCCAAGGGCAUGGAGCACAUUGCAUCCCUGAACAUGGUGCACAUGGAUCUUGCCGCUCGCAACUGCCUCGUCCACCACGGCAACCUCAUCAAGGUCGCCGACUUUGGCCUGACGCGCCGCCUUCCUGAAGGUUCCGACCACUGGCAGUCACAAACGGUCAUGAAGCUUCCCGUCAAGUGGUGCUCCAUUGAGGCCCUGGACGACCGCAUUUUCUCCCAAGGCAGCGACGUCUGGGCCUUUGGCGUCGUCAUGUGGGAAAUCGCAAGCGCACGAAGCCGCAAGUAA